AUGGCGCAAAGGAUCGUUGCUUGCUACCGAUGGAUUAAGGCCGCUGGCGGAAGAAGUCAUUUAUAUGCCAAAAUCAGCAAUAAAGGCACGCCGUACAAGAAGAUUCCUCAGGAGCCUACUUUGGUCAAAGGCCAAGAUGUUUUUGGAGAUAACACUCCGCUGCUUGAGUGA